UGGAAGUUGAGGUUGUCGAAGCUCUGCUAGGGAAGAAUUCGGGCCACGAGUAGGGCUGGCGGCAGAGACCAGGCGUGCACGGCACUAGCACCGCAAGAAAUCUUACGGCGGGAGUGAGGUACUCCGUGCUAUACUGUAGCGAGUGUACAGUAGCUCAGACCUGCUGUGCCAUACUUUUUAGUGAGGCCAGAGACUGCCUCGUUGGAGGGGUCAAAAUUCGUGACCGACCGUCCUGAGCCCGAAAACCCCAGCCUCAUCCUAAAUAUCUUUUACCUUCCUACUCCACGACUCUCUUCCCCGCUCAGCCUCACCUCGUCAAUGAAGCACCGGUAGCACUUGUGGAAGGCUCUGGGGAUCGGGGAUAAUCUCUAGCAGCAAACAAACAUGUCUCGAUCAAAGAACGCAGUAGAGCUUUGUGCUCUACUCGUCGACGAGAUCUAUGGCGAAUUAACCUCUGUACGUGCGCCAAUAUCUGCUUCAGGCUAUACUUGGGGGAACUGAGCGUACUUUUUCUGUUUGCCAUCGCCCGGCCGAGUAGAAUAUAUUUCUGGUUUGGUCACGUCUGACUUUGUUAAACAGCGGAUAUUUACGAUGCUCCUUCGACGCGGGCGACUGACAGCAAUCAAUUUGUCCAGGCACACUCGACUCUCUCCCCGUAAUACCAAACACGGUCUGGCUGUGCUUAUCCAGCAGGGUCUUGUAUACCACAAUCGCGACUCGGAGGGCAGUACUUUCUAUGAAGCAAACCACGAUGCGGCAUAUGGGCUGGUUCGAUCUGGGAAGAUCAUGGAGGCGGUGGAAGCUCGGUUUGGUGCCUUCGCACGAGACGUUAUGCAGAAUUUGUUCGUGAUGGGCAACACCAAAAUUUCGGAUCUCGCAGCAGUAUAUGAGUCAGUGCAGGGGGCGCGUACCAACGAAAAGAUAAAUGGACAUGCUGCCGCAAAUGGUAUAAACGGCCAUGAGGAAGAACAUGCUACCACUGGUCCACUGCAUACAGCAUUGGCUCACUUGCUCCAGGCUGGCAUGAUUGAGCCAGUUGUGGAGAACAUGCUCCGAAGCCCGACGGAUCUCUACAGCAAAAUUGAGAAAGAAGUCGAGCAAGCCUUUUAUCAGGGCGGGACCAAGGGCCUCAAGCAAAAGGAAGAAAUGAAACUCAAGAUUCAAGCACGCAUAGACUCGGCGCGAACGGAAGGUCAAAGUCGAUGGCAGAUGAAGGGCAAGAAGAGAAUGGCGAACGGGGAUCACAACGGUACGAAUGGCAGCCACAAGCGGAGACGGCUUUCCAAUGGAAGCAGCGAUGUUGUCAAUGGUGAUAGGUUGUACGAAGAUGAUGGCACGAGACUUGAUACGAAUCUGGUACUUCGCAUCAAUUACGAAAAGUGUACCGUCGCACUACGUAACCAAGUGCUGGUGACCUUCGCAUACGAUCGAAUUGGAGAGACGACAUCUUUGAUCUACGCCGCGGGUCUCAGACUCUUGGAAGACAGAAUCCCCCGAUGCCGAUCGAAUUCGAACCUAGAAGAGCAAUCAGAUGGACCGUCUUUCACUACCAUGCAGCUCACAGCGGUGCUCAGCAAGUCCAUCAAUGCAGGCACGGGUAUUGGCAAGGCUCCGGGCGAGAAGGCCAAGAGGGGCAAGGUAUCAGGCAUCAACAUGGAUGACCCUGAGUCGGAUGAAGAGACCAUAGUCAACGGCACUGGCCUUGGUGCAUUUGACGACGACGACCCUUUCACAGACGAACCCCCAAGGCCAGCAAAGCGCCCGAAGGUAACCUUCCAAGAUCGACCAGAACCUGAUCAUUCUGACCGGAGCGAGAAUCGAAUGCAGCAAGUCAAGAACCACCUCCAGCUUCUCGAGUCUGAUGACUGUCGGUUCCUCCGAAAAUGCGGAAACAGCGGCCAAGGCGAAUGGACUGUCGAUUUUGAGCGCAUCAUGGAACAUGUGCAGCAAUCGGAGCUUGACACCAUGCUGCUGGAGAACUUUGGAACAUUUGGACAUCGAUUAGCGCGAAUGCUGAGAAAACUUGGCAAGCUUGACGAGAAACAACUGCCCAAUCUUGCUCUCAUGAAGCAAAAGGACGUUCGUACGAAGUUGGCUGAGAUGCAGAUGGCGGGCGUUGUUGACAUUCAGGAGGUGCCAAGAGAUGCAGGCCGCCAGAAUCCCAACCGUAUCAUUUUCCUCUGGUUCUUCGACAACGAUCGAGUCGCUACCAUGAUCUUGGAGAAUGCCUACAAGAUGAUCUCGAGAUGUUUUCAACGUCUCGACUUCGAGCGACGCAAGGUCGCCGACGUUAUCAACCUGACAUUACGAACUGAUAUGCUUGAUCAAGACCCAGAGACAUAUCUCGAUGCAGCUCAGCUGAACUCAUACCAGAUUUGGCAGGCGAAGGAAGAGAGUCUCUUGGGCCAAAUAUUACGCCUAGAUCAGCUGAUUGGGAUAUUUCGGGAUUUCUAGGGAAGACGUCCUAUGGGAUGUGAAGUGAGACGAUAUUUUGCGGUCUGGAUAUUGCAUAGGGAUGGCGUUUUUGCUGCAUUUGGACAUGGCGUUGAUACUGGCAGCGAGGGCACUUCCGAUUGCCUUUGAGAGUUCGUGAUACCAUUACUCUUGCGAUGUUGCCAGACGAACGGCAAAAUAAGCAAAUACCCAUCUACUCUUGAGUUUCCUGGGGGUGUCAUUGUGCAUAGUGAGCUGUGAUCACCCAACCUCCAGAAUAUGACCUUGCGCGAACGCAUGAUAGGGGAAUGAGGUGGAAGUGCGCGGCGGUGACCUAUAAGUAGCUUGAGUCGAUUCAAUAUCAAGAACGGUGAUGCAUCCAACGCAAGGUCUGUCUCUUGGGGUAACUGGAAUUUCUACCACGUUUUGCUGCUUUGAAGAGCAGGGAGCAAAGCGACCAGCUGGGCAACUGGGUAAGCUCUUGUUUCACUUCCAACUUCCAGAUGGGAACGUAAAUAAACAAUGUCGACGUGCCCCUCUGACCUCGUUCCAUCUACACUUCCAUUUCAGCUGCCGUAAGGUCCGAUAGGUCAUACACGAAGCUGCCUGUCUCUUUGCCAGUUCUUACUCACCUCGCGCAGGGAGUUCAUAUUUGGAAUGCGUGACUAACCAUCAUCUCCGACGCUGAGUGAGGUUCUUCCCCUUAUGAGAUGAAUUAAGAGCUCCAGGGUCUCAUCGCGCUCUAGACAUAGCGAAUAGCAUAUUUAUUACAGAUUACCAAGUUGCUGUAGUGUAUGCGGUCCAUGGACGGUUUUAUACGGUGGGCUUAGCGACCUUCCUACAUUUGUGUAGAGACAAGCCUUGAGGUUUGAUUCGUGCCAAUGUGAGAAUCCAAACGAAUUACUUGGCCUAUCUAUCAUAGUUUGCCAUGAUGAGGACGAUGAUCAUACUGAGUGCAACCAGAACCAUCAUAUCUUGAUGCUUUGAACGCUGUUUUCUCGUUGGUAAACAGGGCCACUGGAUCUCUCAAUAGACAGAACACCUCCAAACCGACGAUAGACGCAGGAGGAUGUAUAAACAACAAGUCAUAUCCAAGAAGACAGUCUUAAAUGGGCGAGAGAGUGCAUGGAUGCUCUUGCAAGGAGAGGUCUCGCUUAGCCACUCUGAACCCUCUCGGGUCAGCUUUGCUGUGUUGAUCGGGAAAUACCGAGUCUUAAUGUGCUCAGAGGGUGUUUCUUAUAGAUAUUGAGCUGUGAAGUCUUCUCCACUCUUUGUCAUGCCUUAUCUGCACUACAAUGCAGGUUGGGAACGGGAGCCAACUCACGUAGGAGUAAACACGCGAAGCGAUUGCUGACAAGUGAGCAGGGCUACAUGCAGAACUAGCUGGCUGGCAUACGGAGGCGAGUCGGUGGGAAUACAGAACCAACAGGGGAUCUGAGAGUCAUAUUCUUCCUUCAUCAACACUCCGCUAUCUUGUAUCCAGUCGUGUCAAUGUCGCCCAGUCACACAGAUCUCCGGUCCAUUCAAUGGCAGCCGCCCGGCCUGCCGACCUACGUCGUGCAGAACGACUAAGGCGGGCUCGUCUCUCAUACCAUCCCAUCCCUCGCAUUCUCGCGUCAGUGAGCCCGGGGAAUAGCCUCGCAUGUGAAAAUACACUAUUCGAUGAUGGAAGACAAGAACCGGGCUUCUGUUACUUCCCCACUUGAUGUGACCGACCUUAGACUUCGCUGACUUUGUAGUAGUUCUGCAGUACAGGGACCCAUCAACCACGAAAGUUUUAGUCACAUCAUAUUUUGCAGUUGCGUGGCCUUCGCAGGAUGCAUGAGUAUAUAUAUAUAUAUAUAUAUAUAUUCAUAUUCGGAUAUAGAAUUUACUUCUGACUCAUGGAACAAGGCUCGCAUCUCAUCCCUGCACCCAAACCUUUCGCCAUGAACGCGCCAAUUACCUAACCAGGCACUAGCACAGGCACUGGCCACAGUGAUCCGGAGAAUCGACUCUCCUACGAGUACCUUACGAGGCGGCCCAAAUUUAUGACCGGCGAAGCGAGCCGUAUUUAGCGCUGUCCCGUAUUUCCUUUGUUUACUACCUUUUUUCUAUAUAAACAUGAGUCUUUUAAAGACACUACUUAAAUCGACACUUAUAAAAUAAAUCACUCUUUUUUAGAUA